AUGGUGCUGUCAAUGUCUUCUAGGGAUAGGUUUAACGCUUUAUUAGAGCAAUGGAUUUUGCCAGAAUAUCGCAUGCCAUUACUUUGUGUCUAUUCUAUAAAUGCAUUUUUGUUCGUUGCAAAAAUAGUUUUGGGUAACAUCAUUGGAGGUUAG